AUGCCGCAAUAUGUUUGCCCUUCAUGUACCAAAAAGAUAUUGAAUACUCCACAUGCUAUUGGUGCUCAUAAGACUCGCUGCUCAGGACACAAAUCCCGUACACGAGAGCUCGUACAACGUCUGCAGUCUGCCGGAAUCAAGAUUGCCAAGAAAGUCAGCCUUUCUGCCCUGAAGAAGCAGAAGACGCCAUCUUUGCUGAGUGACGAGGCACAUAGCAUACUACCAUCGGUAUCUCAGGUAUCUGAGCCCAUCCUCAAUGACCACAGUGAUGGCGACAUUGUGAUGGAAGCCCCAGACGAUAUCAACACAGUUUCCCCCUCACGUGAAGAGCUAGCACCUGAAGCCGAGCCUGCACCUGAACUUGGACGCUUUCGUCGAACACGAAUGAUUCCGCGUCGUCUAUAUGAUUAUCUUCCAUCCAAGGCACAUAAAUCGCCAUCACCAUCACCCGUACCAUCACCAUCUCCACAGCCACCGUCCUAUAUUGACACCCAACCGGACGAAUUUGGCAUGUUCAAACGAUACAAGAACAGCCUGCCAUCAACUUCUCCUGAUGAGGUAGUAACACUGGAUACAGUUGUCGAUGCCCCCACCUUCGCUGUUGCUCCGGAUCCCAUGACGCAACCUGAUCCUACUUGCAUCUAUGGCUCAAAUACAGGCCGUACUGAUUUCCCAAAUGCUUCGACAUCGAACACGCCAUGGUUCUCACCAUUUCUCAAUGCGUCUGUAUGUCGCUUGAUGAGAUGGUUCUAUUCAUCAACAACAAAGACCCUUGGAGAUCUCAAUCGGUUGGUCAACGAAGUUAUUCUUAUGCCUGAUUUCAAGAAGUCAGAUCUGCAUGGCUUUGAGGCCUCACGAGAGGCUGAAAGACUGGAUCAUCCUGAAGAGGAUCCAGCCUCUCCCUUUCGACAUGAUGGCUGGACCGAAGACCACGUAUCAAUACCGCUCCCUCCCCCCAAUCCUACACUCGUCCCGGAAGAUCCUUGUCCAUGUGUCGACAUCCCAAAUGUCUGGCAUCGUUCCUUACUCGACAUCAUUCGAUCUGCCUUUGAGGAUCCCCAGUUCAAUGAUUUCCACAUCAAAGGAUUUACGCAGAUGUGGAAUCCCCCGGGCUCUUCUCAUUCAGAACGAAUAUUUGGCGAGGUUUAUUCAUCUGACGUAUUCUUGGAAAUGGAAGAAAGCGUUCAGCCUUUCCCAGGAUGCAAUCUUGAGCAGGUCAUUGCGCCGGUCAUGGUCUACUCCGACUCGACACAUUUGACCAACUUUGGUGAUGCGUCUUUGUGGCCAGCAUACGCGUCGUUAGGGCUGCUGUCGAAAUAUGUCCGAGCCCGAAUGACCGCAUUUGCAUCCCAUCAUCUUGCCUACUUUCCUUCGCUCCCAGACUGGAUCAAGGAUGAGUAUGUUAAGGCAUAUGGUGUACCCCCAUCAGAUGCUACGCUCACAUUCCUGAAACGUGAACUGAUGCAGGGCAUUUGGCGCCUUCUUCUGGAUGAGCAGUUUAUGGAUGCAUAUCGGAAUGGCAUUGUGAUUCGUUGUGCAGAUGGGGUGGAACGGAGGGUUUACCCCAGGUUUUUUACAUAUUCGGCAGAUUAUCCUGAGAAGGUCCUUUUGUGCUCAAUCAAGCAUCUCGGCAAGUGCCUAUGUCCAAGAUGCCUUAUCGUCAAAGACAAGGUUCGUGAACUCGGAACGAAACUAGAUAUGAGACGCAGAGAGACUCAAGCUCGUGUUGAUUCUGUUAACCGACAAAAUGACGUGACAAUGGCUCAAGACUGGAUCUAUAACCGAGGAUAUCCAGUUGAUGGCAAAGCUAUCAAUGAUCUAUUAGGGACACACUCAUUGACUCCAAACCGUAAUGCAUUUUCCGAAGUUCUGCUCGCAGAAAAUGUGAACUUUUAUGAACUGUUUGUUCCGGACCAAAUGCACGAAGUAGAGAUCGGUGGCUGGAAGUCGUACUUCAACCAUCUGGUCCGCAUCUGCCAUUCGUAUGGUUCAGACAUUGUUCAGAAGGUGAAUAAACGGUUCCGUUCACUUCCUACCUUUGGAUUAUCGACUAUUCGCAAGUUCAGAACUGAUACAACAGCUCAGAAGAAAUUUGCAGCCCGCGACUACGAGGACGCUCUCCAGUGCGCUCUACCUUGUUUUGAGGGAUUACUUCCCAAAAAAGAGAACAACAUCGUACUCGAUAAUCUGUUUGAUCUCGCAGCAUGGCAUGGCUUUGCAAAACUUCGCUUGCAUACGGAAUCUACACUUCAAGUUUACGAUGCUUUAACAACUUCUUUGGGAUAUCAGCUUCGCACAUUCGAAACAAAAGUCUGUCCGCAAUUCCAGACCAAGGAGACUCCCACAGAAGCAGCAGCUCGGCUACGGCGUCAGGCUCAGCAGGCGAAAAAGAGCACGACUUCUGCCAAAUCCGAGAGCAAAAAGGCCUCUACCAGUAAGGGCCACCGUCGGUUCAAUCUCAAUACCUACAAGUUCCACUCGUUUGGCGACUACCCACGAGCUAUUCGACGUUAUGGUACAACAGACUCAUAUAGUACACAGACGGGAGAACAAGAGCAUCAUCGUGUGAAGCUUUUCUAUGCUCGUACGAACAAACGUGGUCAUGUUCGACAAAUUGCUGUUCUGGAGCAGCGGCAGCGAUGGCUUCAGCGUAUUUAUGCAAGACGUGCAGAAGAGUUAAAGAGGAGUGGGACAAAGCAAACAGCAAGCCUUCGGCCAGAUGAGAAGGAGCCGCUCCCUCCAGGAAAUCCAGCAGGGCACUACCAGAUGUCAAACUCAAAGCGUUACCCUCUGGAUCUCAAUCUAUGGCUUGCUGAUAAUGAAAAGGAUUUGGCGGUGGCGGAUUUCAUUCCAAAGCUUAAAGAUCACAUCCUGCACCGUCUCUUUGAGCACGAAGACAAUCCUACGGUCACUAUGAACCAUCACAAUUCGCUGUUCCUUGUCAACAAUCGAAUAUACCGUCACAAAAUACUUCAAAUUAACUACACCACAUACGACGUUCGCCGAGACCAGGAUUCUAUCAACCCUCGCACCCGAUCUGAUGUCAUGGUCCUUGCCAAUGACACAAAACACUCUCAUCCUUACUGGUAUGCUCGUGUCAUUGGAGUUUUCCAUACCUACGCCCAGUACAAUGACCUUGACUCCGAUGAUAUUGUACCAGCACCAUUCCACGUGGACUUUCUCUGGGUUCGGUGGUAUGGUCUUGAUUCGGAUCGAAUGUCUGUUGGUGGCUUCAAGGCCAAACGGCCUCAUUGUAUUGGGUUCAUGGAUAGCGACGAUCCAGAUGCAUUUGGAUUUCUUAAUCCAGAUGAUGUGAUUCGAGCCGUUCACUUGAAGCCAGUGUUUGCAAGGGGCCAUACCUCAGAUUUUCUUCCACCGUCUAUUGCUCGACGCCCCGAUGAACAAGACAAAGACUGGGAGCGCUUCUAUGUAAACAUGUUUGUAGACAGAGACAUGCUCAUGCGCUUUUGUGGUCUUGGUGUGGGGCACAAGAACACUUGGCAUGAAACCCAGGUGCUUCGGAAAGAGAUUUGUGAAGCGUUCAACAUUUCAGAUCAUUAUGAAGAUAUGGAAGAUGCGAGGAUAUCAGAUGAAGAUACAAAGGAGUCGGAUAUAUCCUCUGGUUCGAGUAUGGCUCUAGGGAGUGAUCAGGGCUCUAUUAAUGGGGAGUCUGAGAAGGCUGGAUCCGAUGAUGAAGAGGAGUGGGAUGAUGUCGAGUGGGAUGAAGAGAAUGAUAGUGAUUCAGAUGAGGGUAGGGAGGAAUGCUGGUGCGACGAAGAUGAUAAUCCUGUUGACUCUGAAGGGUUCGAGAACAUGGAUGAUGUAGAGAUGUUAGGUUACUCUUGACUUUGAAUCUCAUUUGGAUAAUAUAAGCCCUUAUAUCCCAGAUAAUCCCCAAGGUAUGUAUAUUCAAAGGAAGCUAUAUACAUAAACUGUAUACGAAAAUAUUAAAGUAAGCGAUAUUGGCCAGGAGGAAGCCCCGAGAGUCUUUGAAAGGAUUCCAGGAAGUUGACAUGUCAGAUCACAUGACUGUGACAAUCUGGCCGUCUAUGUCAAUGACAAGUCAGUGCAUGCCAACAUACAUGUCGCACCAGCUUAUAUUAGCAGAUCUCAGUAUGCAUAUAUUUCAAAGCAGAGUAAGUGCCUUAUAUGCCUGGCGGGAUGGAUACAAGGACUUACAAUUCAUUAUAAUAGUCAGGAUCAGCGGGUAAUCAUUGUAGGUGGUUGUACUUGGGAUAAGCGAUUGUCUGGAAUGG